GGUUGGGUGGACAACCUAAAUGGUCCUUCAGGCUUUAUAGUUGCGACUAGCAAAGGAAUCCUGCGGACGAUGAUGGUCUAUCCCGGUGUAGCUGCUGACGUCAUUCCGGUGGACAUAGUGGUCAACGUGAUGAUAUGUGCUGCAUGGCAACUAGAAAUACAAAGGCCAGCAAAUGUGAUGGUGUAUAACUGUACAUCUAGUCCUAUAAAGAAGAUCACAUGGAGUGAAAUAGAAAAACUUGCCCAUCCUUUCAUCCUGAUGUAUCCAAGCAUGGAGGUUUUCCGAUACCCUGGUGGCAGUUUCAAGACGAAUCGUUUUCUUAAUCGCCUUUGUGAAAUAACCAACCACGAAUUACCAGCAAGAGUAGUGGACUUUUUGGCGAAACUUUUAGGCUAUAAGACUGGUUUAGUCCAGCUGUAUCAGAGAGUUCAUCGUGCUGUUCACAUCUUAGAAUAUUUUACCACGCAUGAAUGGACUUUUCAAGCGAAUAACAUGCUCGCACUUAUGAGGAAAUUGGAAGGCACAGAUAAAAAGGUGUUUGAUCUUGACAUGUGUCAAAUUGAUCUGCAUGACUAUAUGAAAAAGUACGUUUUGGGUGUCAGAAGGUUUGUAUUGAAAGAAGACGACUCAACGCUUACAGAAGCUCGAAGGAAAUUAAGACUGAGAUACUACGUCGAGUUUAUGUUUCAAAUACUUCUACUAAGUGGUGUUAUUCGGAUCCUGGUCACCCACUCCAAGUUGGCUCGAAGAUUCUGGUGGUCUCUUGUGUUAUUUCUUGUCCAGUUACAUCAUGCAAUUGUUUCAAAA